GGGAGGGAGCGAGAGCGGGGCCGGAGCGGCGGAGGAGCCGCGCUGAGGCGAGGGGCAGCCCCGCCGCGUCCGUCGCUCCCCGCCGCCUCGCCCUCCGGCGCGUUUCUCGUCAGGGAACGGCUCUCCUCCUCCGCGGAGCCCCCGUCCCCUCCCGCCGCCCAUCAGGAGAAGUCCCCCCCCCCGCCGCCCUAAGCUCGCCGCCGGUCCCGCCGCUCGCAAUGUCCGUGGGCCGGCGCCUGGCCCGCCUGGCCGCCCACCUGCAGGACCCGCGCAAAGUGGCCGCGUUCCAGCGGCUCUGCGGCGUGGAGGGGCCCUCGGGCUGGGCCGGCGCGGGGCAGCGGGGGCCGGUGGCGAACGGCGGCCCCGCGGGCGGGCAGGCGCAUCCCGCCGGGAACACCACCGGGAACGGCGCCGUACCCGGCGCGGCGGGACCCCCGCGGCCCUGGAGUAGGAGGCCGCGCCGCAACUCGCUGACGGAGGAGGAGGACGGCAGCCAGGAGUUCGCCACCCACAGCCGCUUCCUCUACUAUCUUUUCAGCCUGGGCACGGAGCUGGGCAACGAGCUCUUCUACAUCCUCUUCUUCCCCUUCUGCAUCUGGAACCUGGACGCCUGGCUGGGCCGGAGGCUCAUCAUCAUCUGGGUGUGGGUGAUGUACCUGGGGCAGUGCACCAAGGAUGUGAUCCGCUGGCCGCGUCCCGCCUCGCCGCCCGUGGUGAAGCUGGAGGUGUUCUACAACUCGGAGUACAGCAUGCCCUCCACCCACGCCAUGUCGGGCACCGCCAUCCCCCUGGCGCUGCUGCUGCUCAGCUACGGCCGCUGGCAGUAUCCUUUUAUGUUUGGACUGAUCCUUGCACUCUGCUGGUGUUCCUUGGUUUGCUGUAGUCGAAUUUAUAUGGGAAUGCAUUCAAUUUUGGACGUUAUUGCUGGGUUUCUGUAUGCUAUUCUUAUCUUGGUUGUCUUCCAUCCAGUUGUGGACCUGAUUGAUAACUUCAACUUGACUUACAAAUAUGCACCCUUAAUUAUCAUCAGUCUCCAUUUGGCCCUGGGCAUCUUCUCCUUUACCCUGGACACCUGGAGCACGUCGCGAGGAGACACGGCUCAGAUCCUGGGCUGUGGUGCCGGCGUGGCCUGCGGCUCUCACGUCAACUACAUCAUGGGCCUCCAGCUGGAUCCUCCUCCCCACACCUUACCGUUAUCCCUGUCCUCCCUCACCGUGACUGUGUUUGGAAAAGCCAUACUGCGGCUGUUGAUCGGGGUGAUAGUUCUGCUGUUAACAAAAGUGGCGAUGAAAAAAGCCACGAUCCCACUGGCCUGUAAAAUAUUUCGCAUCCCGCACGGCGACGUACGGAAAGCACGGCAGCGCAUGGAAGUUGAGCUUCCCUAUCGCUAUAUCACCUAUGGAAUGGUUGGGUUCUCCCUCAUGUUUAUUGUUCCUUGCCUCUUCCAUUUCAUUGGUCUUUCCUGAUGCAGUUUGAGCACGUUAAAUAGGGAGAACAGAGCUAGUUGCUUUUUGGAGGUGCACUAGUUUGCUACGGGAAGGCCGGCGAGCUUGGCUUUAGCAGGGUCUUCACAUUAACAGCAAUAGAAAGCAGGCAAAGCAUUUAGAGGGCUUUGCACAUCUCUGGGGAUGCUGUAGGGCCAGCAGUCAAGUAUCAAUCCAGGAGAGGUGCUGAACUCUGUAAAUGCUGUGUCUGGACUUAUUGCUGUAACAAAGUCUGCGUGUGUGUGUGAUGCAGUGAAUGUGUCUGGGAUGUCUGUCAGUCUGUACCUGUGUACACUGACACUUUAACAGGUAUGUCUGACAACUAAUCAGAAGCCUCCAUUCAUCAUCUGUUUGCCAUUUCACGGUAAUUUACUCAAGUUGUUGGACCAUAGACUGCUAAAUUUGCUUUCUUCUAUUCUUUCCUGAAGUCCUGCUUCAAGAUGUUUCAGCUAAUAAGUAUUUCUAAAGGACCAAACUUGUAAUGAGGUUGAAUUUUUCUAAAUAAACAAGCAGAAGCCUUUUUCUUUAGCCCCCUCUACAGAGUAAAAUGUCUGGAUUAGCAUUGGUAGAUAUCACUAGAGUAUACAUAAUUCAGGUACUGUAUUUUAUGGUUUGAUAACUGUGCCUUUCUGUUACUAAAUUAAGAAAUGCCAUAUAUACUGUGAUGUAAAAAUGCCUAAUUUUUAUUUAAAAUCUUACAUAAUUAGGCAGAUAUUUUGAAAUGUUAGAUUGUCCGUGUUGCUGACAUGGUUCAAGUUAACCGGAAUAUUCAGUUUUGCCUGAUCAAAAUUGAGUAAUGAAAUAGCCCAAAAAUUGUGUCUGUGAGCUCAAGAUGUUGUAAAUGAACAAUAAUCCCUUUUGUAAGUAUUUUUAAUGUGUAUUGUAAGUUACUGGAAGAGGAUAUAUUUUUCUGGAGAUUGUUUAUACGGUGGACAGAUAUUCAAAAUUAAUUAUUUAAACAUAUAAACAAUAAAAACACCCCUGCAAGGAAAUGGGCUUCACUUAUUAUUCCAAACUAAUCUAGAAGGACCACUGCUUUUAGGUAUUUGGUUAGAAAAUAUAAUCCUUAUUCUAGAAAAUAUAUGUAUUUUUAUGCAUUAACAUACUAUAUUUAAAGGUGAUAGUCACUUUUACCCAGUUUAGAUAGCUAUAAGACAAUGUAAAGAUCAAAUUAAAUUUUUAAUCAUUCUGAUUGACAGAUUGUGAGCAGUCAAGACAGUGUGGUCAAUGCAUGAACUGUUUGUGCAUAUCUAAAUUUUACAGCUUUUCAUGGUCCUUUUUCCAGUGAUGAGUAGGAUAUGACCCUUCAACUGUAUUUUCAUGUGCCUAUUUCUGUUUCAUUUUGUCUUGUUCAUGUGUUGCCCAAUCUGUUCUUUCCAUGUCAGGAACUGUUAUUCCAGGAAGCGCUGUCUUAGUGACAGACACAAAUUACUUAGUUUGCAUUGUAUGUUUCUUUUUCAGGAAAAGCAUCAUUUGAUUGGGAAAUACAGUGAUUAGAUAGAAUGCAAAGCUUACAUUUUUUGUAAACGUUAUUUGCAAUUGGAAGGGGUUUGUUGUUGUUUGGUUUUUUUUUUUGUACUGGAGAUCAUAUCUCCAAACUGUUACUGUGUAGAUUUACGAAAUUAACUUCACUUUCUUUGAAGCAGAGGAGGUUACGGUACACUGGCACCAGAUGAUGUGAAAAAUAACUUUUCUGAUGCAUUUCUCCAGUGCAUCCUGAAUGCACCGCUAUGAAUGUAUUGAACUGAGGAAUUCAGAGCUGAGGGGGUGUUGAACAACUUGUGUAGCUGAAAAGACCUUACCCAGUAGAAAAUGGUUCCCUUGUUUCUGUGCAUAUUGCUGCAUUUGAUUUUUCUUCUGUUUCCCUUUUACAGUUCGAUGCUGAAUGUGCAGUAAAGGGUAAAUUGGUUUCUGAGGUUUUGAGGGUGGGAUUUCCACUGGUUUGGCUUUGCACACCAAGAUAGCCAUUAAAUAAAUAGCUGGGGGAAUGUACACAAAAUGCCUUACGCUUAAAGCCCUGAGAAAGUGCUGUAGUUGCAAUUAUAUUAAAUUAGUCUGAGGACUGGUGAAAAUAAUAGGAUAGCUUUCUCUGAAGUUUAGGGCAUAUUCUCCUUAAAUAUCCUAGCUUUACAGUUUAUAGCAAAAAAUGUUUAAAUUCUAGCACAGAAAAGUGAGCAAAACUAAUUUUUAAGGUACAUAUUGGACUUUUAGACACUUCAAGUUUACAGCAUGUAGAGUGUAGCUCAAGCUGUCUUUUCUAGCUGUGCUUGCUCUCUUGUAGUAUUAAUGGAACAUGAAGUGUACUGUGGAGGACGUAGAAGGGGUGGAAAAGAUCACACACAGGUAGAGCUUUCAACAGGCUAAGGAAAAUUGCACUGUAGCUUAUUCUACUGUUACUCAUGAAUAUAUAUUUUAUAUUUUUAUACAUUACACUGAGUAACUUCAAAAUGUCAUGUUCCAUGUACCACAGUCUGGUCCCCAGGAAAUGUACAUCAGAGUGUUUAUGCAGCACCUUCACAACUCUGUCUCUUCAGACUGCAACUACUUUACCGAAGUUUACACGAGAAAAAGUUUUACUGUUCUAUUUUCAUGUUUUAUAAGGGGUUAGGCUCAAGAGGGCAGUUUAGCCCAAAUGUCAUGCAGUACAAAUACUGCUAGAGAAUAAAGAAUCACAGAAAUGCAAACACUUAAAAAUCCAACGUAAAUAUUUGUAUUGUAGUAUAAUUUUGUUUACUGAUAAGCUGAGAUUCUUUGGAAUUGGGCAUAACAAAGCAGCAGGUAAAACUGGAGCACUUUUUGCCCUAACCUAUUCCUAGAGUUGAACACAAAAAAUGUUUCUAGUAUGAGCAUCAGCUGGUACCAAAUGGUUUAUAAAUAAAUUUAACAUAGCUUUAAAAGGUAGUUAGAUGUCUUUACAGAAGGAAAAUAUGCUUCAUGAAAUAGUGAGAAAAUGUAUUCCAUGUCACUGCUAGGGAAUUCCCUCUGUUCCAGGCUGUAUAGUCUUAAGGAGAGAAAUUCUACUUUAUAGAAGCAGAUAAAAAUGCACAUUUAUUACAAAAAGCUGCGAGUUAAAUUCAUCUUAUUUAAUUACCUUAAAUAAAUAAAUAAAUAAAGCUUAAUACCAACAGGCAGGUAGAGAGUGAUUUGGCACAAAAGUCUGUUUUCCAAGAGGCUGAAGGGACUCAAAUUAGUCUAAGAUUGCCAUAAAUAAAGGAGCAGGAUUUUUUUCCUGACCUGGCCCUCAGUCAGGAGUGAGCAUUGCAUCCUAGGUGAGUUUUAGAAUAUAUUAUUUUCAAAAAAGCUUCAUGUUUCUGAAAAAGUGAUAACUUCUGCAUCCCAUACCACGUGCUGGGGUUGAUUGAAGCAUCCUUCUCCUGUGUGAUCACCUGUGAAGCUGUUCAGUCUCUGCUCAUGUUUGCCUUACCACUCACCUUGAAACUGUGGGGGAAGGUGGGAGGUGGAAAAGCUACUUAAAGGUAAACUGGCAAACCAAAGGGAGUUGUGUAUUGUUUAUUUGCUUGGAAUUUUUGAAAGGUUAUGUACAGCUUUUCUCCAAAAAAAAAAACAAACAACCACCAUAAAGAUGCAUUUCUUAUAAAAUGGCAUCUCUAAAUGUGAUACGUGGCUUUUGUGUUGUUUAUUUUUUUCUUACCAGAACAGUGUUACAUUGUCUGGAUAUUAGAAGCAAUUAUGUUUUCCUUUGCUUUUCUUUUUUUUAAUUACUGCUCUCAGUAUUUUUUACUCCAUUUCUUGCUUAUUUCCAAGGGGCUGUCCAGAACUUUUGUAAGCAAUUGCUACUUAUGUGAAGAUUGUAAUUUUGAACUUGUAAAUACUUAAGGGCUGUGAGUGGCUGUUAGCUGCAAAAAUGCGUAAAAACAAACCUUGCAUGCUGUAAGUAAAUACAUCUGUUGUGCUAAAAGUUGUUUCUGUUUCAGUAUUUGCUUUCUCAAUACAAAAUUGAGAUUUUUGACAUAGAAUACAGAUGAUAUUAAGUAAUUGAGUGGUAUGAAGGGGCAUUGCUGUCAAACUCCUGUUAACUUUACUCGAAGUUUUGCACCUGGUUCCUUCCAUAUUACACUGAGAGUGAACCCUGAAGGACAAGUCCGUGCUCUGACCUGCCUGCAGACAUCAGUGUCUGAAGUGACUUCCCUUCUGAGGUGUGACAGCCUUGCUUUUGAGGUCUGAGAGAUUGUUCUUGCUAAAAUCACGCUCAGCCCCAUUUUGACGAGACUUUUAAAGGGCUUAACUUGGAAGCUGUUUCUCAGUAGCUGGAAGUGGUUGCACAUUUGUAAGACUUCAUUGGCGCUUCCCCCUCUGUACCAGAAUUGUGUGACUGACGAGACCCCAGAACAAAGACAGUAGAUAAAGUGAUGACAGAACAAUUGAUUUAUUGGGAUAUUGUGACUCAACUUACUGUAAUUGAUUCUUGGUUGGUUUUUUGGUCUAAUGUAGAAUGUCUGUAGGUUAUACAAUUUAUUUCUGUAUUUUACAAACAAGUUUGAGGAAAAUGAAACUUUUUGUGGGAGGAAGUCUCAUUGAAUGACUUCAUACCGGAACUUUAUUCCAGUGGAAAGCUCAAGUGGCCUUUUUGUUUCAGGAAAAAAAAAAAUAUAAGCCCAUUUUAAAAUUUAUUGUAAGUACCAUCUUUGUCAAAAUGAUAGAUGAAUUGAGUCAUUAAUGCUGUUUUUCUUCUUACAAUACUUCCUUAAACAAAGCUGAAUUUGGAAACAAAAUAUGACAUUGUGUGGCAGAGAAAGUAGAGCUCUUUAGGUGUUCUCUAAAAAGUGAUGCUAGAUUUGAAGCACAUUCAACCAUGCAUUAGAAAAAUUUCUUUGCACUCCAUUCUGCACUAGAAAUAAUUUGCAUGUUGGUAAGAGUCCACUUAAGAAAGCAAAGCAGAAUGUGUACUAUCAGUAACUGUUCCUGUAGGAUCAAAGGAGAAUAGAGGGUACAUGGGAUAAUACUACCUUGAAGUUAUUGACCAGUAAAUGUAAAUAAGAAUUCCCAUAAAGUUGGAGAAUUUUAUUAGUCGCUAAACUUUGACUAAAUUAGUCACUAAGUUUUCUUACAAGUUUAUUUUUGUUAGAAAGUGUAAUGAAAGACAAGGGUAAUAUUGCUGAGAUGGAAAUUAGAUCUUAAGAAAACCCUGGAUGUCUAAGGUAUCAAAGCUGAUGAAGAUCAGUUCAGGAACAAGUGACGUGAACAGUAAGAGCAGAGUCUGAGGGGGAUUUUGUAUUAAACUUAAUGCACUUAAAACUGAUGCCAAAAUUUGGCCUAUACUUGAUUUAUAUGAAAUCUGUAGUACAAUAUAGAUAUAUAUAAUAUAUUGUGUACUGGAGUUUAAUUUUUUUAUGUAUAGAUUUUUUUUUCUUGUUACUACAUUCCCUGAUAAAAGGAAGUGUUGAUAAAACACAAACCAGCUUUGUCUGUAUAAGGUAAGGCUGUAUGUUAGUAGUAUUUUGGGAAAUAAUGCAGUUGUAACCCAAUCUCUCAACCUCUUGGAGAACUUCAUUAAAAAAAACACACCACCAGCUUUCAGAUGCAAGCCCCGAGUUAGCUGAGGAUCAUAUAAUGGUUGCUGUAUAAUAAGUGUACAACUGAUGUUUUAGACAUCAGUACACUGGAACUUUUUGUUACACUAUGGUUAAUGAUUUUGUACUCGUUGUACACUUUCUGCAGUUGUCAACUAAUAUUUAAACUCGUAUUGACUGGUAACUGAAGUGUUUAACUUCAUCUGCAAUGAGUGGGUAAUAAACUACUGUUGGAUUCCGU